GGUGGCGAAGUUGGAGGAGGAAGAAGAGGAGGAGAAAGAGGAGGAAGAGGACGGUGGAGGACGGUGUGCAACGACGAGGAGUCGUCGUAGUAGCUCGUCCAAGUUCGACCGUAGACGGCGACGGUAUCGUGCCGCGUGUAUCUCGCGCGGAUCCCUCCUCGGCACGGCAAGGACGCUCUCCAAAGAGCGUCCAGGUACGAAAGAGAAGUGCGCGAGUGACCGAACGAAGGGAGGAUUACUCCAGUGUGAUUAUUUUCUUGCGGUGUCGUUUGUCGAGGAGGAGAGGAAGAAGGAAUAGAUUUGCGUCGAUGAUAUAAGUGCGAUCAAUCGAAAAAAUUAACAGAUAAUACAUAAUACGAUAGAGAAAGAGGUUACGAGUAAAAGGGAAGGAGAGAGAGAGAGAGAGAGAGAGAGAGAGAGAGAGAAAAUAAAUAAAAGAAACAAAAGUAUAAUACAAAAAAUUAGUGUUGGUGAAAAUUAUGAGUGACGAGGAUCGUCGAGUGAUACUCGCACGAGAUAAGAGAUAGGCCAGAGAAAUGCCAUCGGGUCGACGUGGUAUCGGUGGAUCUCGGCCGAUCUCUCGGUUCUAAAGUUUUUUACGUCAAAAGUGGAAGUAGCGAAGUAGAAGGUUAGAGCAAGGAGAUCUUUAUUAAGGUGAAAGAUUAAGAGAGAAAGGAGGAAGGAAGGAAGGAAGGAAGGAAGGAAGGAAUAAAGGAAGGAUAAACAGCAAGGGUGAAGAGAAUCGAAAGAUUUGCCGUAGCGCGCUCAGCUUCCGGGAUUCGUGGGUGUUUUUACGCGCGCGGCGUGGAUCGAUAGCCGUCUCUCGCGAGCUCGGCUAAGCUUUGACGAAGUCCGCGGCGUCAACAGGACGACGACGACGACGACGACAACGACGACGACGACGAGGACGACGACGACGAGUCGGUUCGAAGGACAAGCAAUUUUUGUUCGCGCCUGGACACGAAAUACUCGCGUGUAUUACUUACAAGAAGUGGGAGAAAGAAGGGAAGGAAGUAGAAGGAAGAGAAAGAGGAAGAAGGUGAGGAGAGGAUAGGACAGGAUAGGAUACAAGUAGAAAGGGCCGAGUUCCGGUGAUAUAUGGGGGACUUCGGCACAACGAGUCUCUUCUCGAGUUCCUUGUCCGGGCCAAAAUCGUCGAUCGGUAGUAGUUCGAGUGCGGCCAUAUCCCUAUCAACGUCUACCAUGCAGGACGACCUGCUGAUCGAAAAGCAGAGCACGGGAAAGCCGGCGCCUCUCUCGCCGAGCGCUGCCCUCGAUAACGUUGGCGGUCCUCAAGAAAAGUCCAAGGACGCGGUUGAGGUCGAGAGUAUCGCUAUAACAUCGACGACGCCCUCUUCUACGGAAAAGGAGAUAAUCGCGUGUAGCACGACCUCGGCCCUUCAAGGUUUCAGCGAUCCGGCCAGGGUGCCGAGUCUUUGGGCAGAUGACACCACGGGUUUGGAUCUGCCGGUAAACGGUUCGAUCCCUGCUUUUCAAAAUUUCCCGACCGGAGGUCCGGCCGGCUUUUUUGCCAGCACAGCUGCGGCCGUUUCAACGAAUACUCGACGAGCGAUCACGGCUAGUCAUAAUUUUCCACAACAACACGGUAACGCGGCUGGGGCGCCAACCACCAGGCACGGCCUUCCUGUAUCCACACCUCAGCAGCAACAACAACAGCAACAGCAGCAGCAGCAACAGCAGCAACAACAACAGCAGCAACAGCAACAUCAACAACAACCACCGCCGACCUCGCAUCCAGGGGUUUAUCUACCCAGUAAAAGUUAUGCCGCGUGGUCAGGUGGGCCUCAAGCACCACAACAAUGGGGCGGAGGACCCCAAACGGCCGCUGCUGUCGCUAGUCAAGGUCUUUCUCCUUGGAGCCGCGGUAGGUCCGUUCCAAAUCUACCACCUCUGCACUCCUCUCUUCACGCUGCCGCUGCUGCCGCUGCUGUCGCUGGUCUUCAAGGAAGGAAACCAAGUCCCACGUUUCCGGGACACCCUGGACCUGCUGCUCAUCCUUCCUGCAUAAGCCCAGUCAGGCAAUUUCGCAGGAGCACAUCUUAUCCUGGAAAGGGUAAUAUCUAUCCACCUCAGCCAGCGCCAACGUUCGAGGUCACCGCUGCGGAAGAGAGGGACCUGCUGUUACCGCCCUUUCAGCAGGAUCGCAUGACAGCCAAUGGAAAUUCACCGUUGGACAGUAUGCGAACAUUGGAACAUUACUUGAACGACAUCAUGCGAGCUGGUGCUGCGGAUACUCCCGAACAUCUCAAAGGAUUCAUAAACUGCAAUGCCAACACGCUACAGUCGCUCGCGCAGUUACACGGCAAAUCUCCGUUCUUCCCGAGUCUCGAUGAACCAACCGGUACUCUCUUGGAGGAUCCAAACGCACCUAGUCAACUCGAUGGUGUUGGAGUCGGUGUUGGCGUUGGUGUUGGUGUAGGAGUUGGUGUCGGUGUCGGUGUCGGAGGUGGAAUAACUGCUUCCCAAGCGGCACCGCUUUCUUCACCGAGUCGUAGCAGUCCUCACAGUCAGGGUAGCGAGACCGGAGAACGUUUCUCUAGGAAAGUCUUCGUUGGUGGCCUGCCACCGGAUAUUGACGAAGACGAAAUCACAGCCAGUUUCCGUCGUUUCGGACCCCUAGUCGUCGAUUGGCCGCACAAAGCAGAGAGCAAGUCAUACUUUCCACCUAAAGGUUACGCUUUCCUGCUUUUUCAGGACGAAGGCUCGGUACAGCAGUUGAUAGAUGCCUGCAUCCAAGACGAGGACAAGCUCUAUCUCUGUGUUAGCUCGCCGACGAUCAAAGACAAGCCGGUACAAAUAAGACCAUGGCGGUUGAGCGACGCGGAUUUCGUCUUGGACGCCUCGAUGCCUCUCGAUCCGCGAAAGACUGUCUUCGUUGGUGGCGUCCCACGACCGCUAAAGGCCGCUGAACUCGCUAUGAUCAUGGAUCGACUUUACGGAGGUGUUUGCUAUGCUGGCAUCGAUACCGAUCCCGAGUUAAAGUAUCCUAAGGGUGCCGGUAGAGUCGCUUUCAGCAAUCAGCAAAGUUACAUCGCUGCGAUAUCAGCUCGAUUCGUACAACUCCAGCACGGUGACAUCGACAAAAGGGUCGAGGUAAAACCGUACGUUUUGGACGAUCAGAUGUGCGAUGAGUGUCAAGGUCAACGUUGUGGUGGCAAAUUCGCACCCUUUUUCUGCGCUAACGUAACGUGCUUACAGUACUAUUGCGAGCACUGUUGGGCAACGAUUCAUUCUCGACCAGGUCGAGAGUUCCACAAACCUCUGGUGAAGGAAGGUGCGGAUCGGCCUCGACCCGUACCUUUCCGCUGGUGUUAACCCCCGCUGCGCUGUCCCUAAUUGUCUCGCAGCCCUAGCUAAUUAACUACCACUUCUACGAAAACCCACCCAAACCCCCUUCCCUAAUACAAUCCAAGGAUCCACACUUCCCUUAUUACUUACCUACAGCAACAGCAGUUUCGAUCAUCAACUUAACUCCUCCAACAAGAUCCACCAAAAUCACCACCACCACCACCACCAUUACUAUCACCACCCACCGUUACUACAGUUCGAUCGUCACUACUACCACUACUCCACUGCUAUCACUAUUGCUACUAUUACUACUACUACUACUACUACUACUACUACUCUACUACUACUACUACUACUACUACUACUACUAUUACUACUACUAUUACUACUACUACUACUACUACUACUACUACCACAACUACUAUUCUACUACAUCUUAAAAUACUACUCCACUGCUACUCCAAGUACUUCAAGAACGAGGAACGAAGAGAAGAUGAAGGAAACCGUCGCUGUCUAAUAACCGAUGCCUCUUCCGGCGUUGCUUCCGACCUCUGACACAUCGCUGCACGUCUACUCUACGCAUGGCGAACUAAACCAACCAGGUUAUUUGUUGCACUUUGUCCUGGAAAAUAAAAAGAACUUUCGUCGGACGACGCAAUUCGUCGUAAACGGAACAUCAUCUACGUGGGACGGGGACGUGACUGGAUAUAAUAUAAGAUAGCGAGCGAGUAAGAGAAAGAGAGCGAACGAAAGAGAGAGAGAGAGAGAGAGAGAGAGAGAGAGAGUGAGGAUUACGAAUUUUUCAGUGUAUUCGAUAGCUCAUAUGUAUAAUCCAGUUUUCACUGUAAAAUGCAAACUUGUUCUGUCCGAAGAUCGAGUAUCGUAGUUGCCGCUUUCGAGAAUAGAAAAAAAAACAAACAGAGAGUGAGAGAAAGAGAGGGAGAGAGAGAGAGAGAGAGAGAGAGAGAGAGAGAGAGAGAGAGAGAGAGAGAGAGAGAGAGAAUGACAUCUAUGAAAGAGUAAGAAAGAUGAUAAAAGUUUAACGUCAAUAUCCGUCGGGUCCCUUUCUAAAGGAAAACUUUUCAAUGUCUACCCAAAUAGAGAGAGGAAGAGAGAGAGAAAGAGAGAGAGAAAGGAAGAAAGAGACAAUUUUCUGAAGGAAGAGAUGAUUUUUUACUAAUUAACUUAUUUGAGAGAUCGAUAGAAAGCUAGAGAAGACACAAGUAUAAUAUAGUAGAAUGAAAUAAUGCGAAAAAAAAAAAGAGAAAAAGAGAGAAAGAGGGAGAGAGUGAGAAUGAGAGGAUGAGUAGUAGAGACGUAGGAAGAGUAACAACAACAAAAAUAACAAAGAGAGCAAAGAAAAUUAUGCGAGAAUGAUUUUACGGGAUAGGACGAUUAUGAUCAAGAAAGGGUGACGAUAGUGAAAUUCAACUUUUUGUUAUAUUCUUCUUCUUCGUCUUCUUCUUCUUCUUCUUAUUCUUUUUCGUUUCUUGUUUAAAUAAACUAUUGAGAGAGAACUCGGGUAGGUUUUAACAAAAAUAUUCUCUGUCAAUACUUUAAUACAUAGGUCAAAUGGUGGGGCGGAUUUUUCGAAGCGUUUUUUUUUCCAAUUACACAUUUCGGAUAAUUUUGUUUCUUUCUUAAUAUUUUUUCUAAUUGAUAAUCGAAACUCUCUGAUAGGUUAAAUCGGUCGGGUUUAUCAAAAUCAAAGAUUAGAAGGAUAAACAAGAAUUAUAGAAAUGUUUAGAUUAAGUAAAGGGGAAUCGGGUCAUAGAUCACUUGCUCCUUCUUACGUCCUCGUUAGAAAAAAAGAGAGGACAACGAGAACGAUUGGGAUGUGACCUUGAAACAUCGGUGCGAUCCUCGAAAGUUUGUACAAACUUAAACGACGUAUGCAUGUGUAUAGUAUAUUUAAAUAUUAUACAUAGGGAGAAAAAAAAAAGAGCGGAAACUCUUGUCCUACAUAUAUAUAUACACACACACACACACACAUAUAUAUAUUUACUCAUAUACAUAUACACAUUUACACAAGCAUAUACACUCAAAGUAUAAGCUAAUAAUCUAUGAUACGAAGAAAAAGAAGAAGAAGAAGAAGAAGAAAAUAAAAAGGAGGUAGAUUUUUGUACAGUUUUAUGGUGAGAUCACUUUGAUAUCAAUUAGUUAGCGCCAUUUGUCGGGAAAUAUUGUAGCAAUUUUAUCACUUUCUUACAGCAAUAUAUUCUCGUCUCGCACUUUUCCAAACGAGGAUCCACCGGACAUUACGAAGGAUAUUUAUAUAAAUAUAUGUAUAUAUCUAUUGUUUCUCGAAUGGUCCAGCUGAAUCAUACCUUUUGUCCUCUCGUAAUUGAACAGAAGAAGAAAGAUCAGUCUUUGGGAACCGCUCGGAAAUGCUAGUUUCUUCGUUUUAAUAAUACACCAGAUUGUAUCCUUUUCGAUGUUCGAACGAAAUAAAGAAAGAAAGAAAUAAACAAAUAAAUAAAGAAACAAGCUUAACAAACAACAUUACGAAAAUAAAUGAGAGAAAAAAAAUAAAGAAUCAUCAAUUAGCUCGAACUCGAUCACACGGGAUAAAUAAAAGUGAAUGAGAAGAAGAAGAAAUCUUGAACCGAGUAUGUGUUAGUAGAUAAUUGAAGAAACGGGGUACGUCGAGCAUGUUACGCCAUUUUUUAAUGUGUGAUCUGCUUUCAUAGACGGACGUUUCUGUACGUAUAUAGUAGCAGUCGAAAAACAACAACAACAAUAAUAAUAAUAAUAAUAAUAAUAAUAAUAAUAAUAAUAAUAAUAAUAAUAAUAAUAAUAAUAAUAAUAACAACAACAACUAAGUAAUAAGAAUAAUACAGUCACAUAGUUAACCUCGCACGACUACGACGAUGAUGUAGAAAGAAUGAAAAUGAUUAAAUUAAGUAAAGAGGGUAGUUUUCCAAAAGAGAAACGAAAGAAACACCUGUUCACAUAAUACAUUAUACACACACACACACACACACACACAUACGUAUACCAGGUUCAAUAAUUCAUAUAUACGAUAAUAAUACAUUCAGAGAUACAAUACGAAAAGGACGCAACUGCAACAUUCAAAAGAAAAUAAAUCACACGCAGAUACGAAGUAUAUUUAAUACAUUACGUGUUACGUAUGCUAAUGUGACUGAUAAUACGUUGCGUACGAAUUGUGAAAAAAACACGGAUAAGAAAAGAAAUGAUUAAAAGAAAGAAAGAGAGAGAGAGAGAGAAAGAGG